UUUCCAGUCUUCACCUGCGUUAGCGAGUGUAAGGAUCUAUUCAGCUACGUUUCCGUGUGUCCGCGAGGCCCCGCCAGUGCUAAAUCGCGCCCAGUUUGCUUUAAAACUGUCGUCGUCACUCACCGCAACCAUUAUCGACUCGCAGGAAAAGUCUUUCACUGCCAAGGUUGGUUACAAGCCGAAAAACGGGAGCUCAUUUGGCGCUCAAGCUCAGCUCUUGCCCAUCACCCCAGCAGUUAACAAGCACGGCGUAAACCUUGCCAGUGAAAGAUGCCCAGUGCCUUCCCAGGACGUCCGAACGACUUUAGGAGAGCGCCCAAUUUUUACGAACACAACCCCCUACAUGGCCGUCAUGCCGCAGCAGUCAGAGGUGCCGACCUACGGUCCCCACCACGGCUACGCCGCCCCCCAGGGGCAGGCCAGGGGCCUGCCAAGACUCAACGUGACUUUGCCCCCUCAGCAGGCUAACCGUGAUGAACUCAACACCCCCGUAAUUGAAAGCGAAAACAUUUUCAACCAAGAAGACAUGGUGGCCACCCCUUUUGACGAAUACAGCGCGGGCCUGUGCUUUAACACCUCAGAAGGCAUCAACAGCCAGGAUUUGAUCGAUAGUUUGAGCAGGUUUCAGCCUGUGUCUUUGCCACGUCAGGAUCCGCUGUUGUCCUCUUCCGUGACCAGCAGCCAGAACUCGCAGCCGGACCAGAUGUCCCUUAACCUUCGUCUGACAAUCACUAACAACUCUCAGGUGGACACCACUACGCCGCUGGACUGCGUGCAGACUCCCGAAAUUUUUGAUUCGUUGGACAACAAGUCCAUGGAGGGUUUCAAUUUGUUGGACUACGUCAUGGCUGAUGAGCCGGAACCGAUGGAAGAAGACCCGCUGGCGGUGAGACUGCCGGAUCCGAGAGUUGCUCGGCACGCGCAGUCCUUCCAAGCCCCCAAGCCGGAGCAUCGUCCUUCCCCGCAAAGCUCUCCAGGGAUGUUGGUGAUAAACGCUCCCAGCCCGGAUUCGACCUCUCCUGCCUCGGUGCAGUGUCUGGACAGCUCCCCCGGUUCCAACCUGAAUGGCUCCUCCGAUUACGGGUCCGACCUGAGCUACAAGCAUUCCGGCAACCGUGGUCGUGCUCGAGCAGGUCCGAGCAAGAGGACCUUGAUGGAGGACGAAGGCUCGUCCAUUCCGUCCUCGGCCAACGAGCUCAAGGUGCUGGAGAACAGGAGUCGCAACAACGCUGCCUCUCGCAAGUCUAGGAUGAACAAGCGGUCCAAGGACGACGAGAACGCUCAUCUUCUCGCCCUGUUGGAGGCAAAGCACCGAGACCUGACGGCCAAAGCCACCAGCCUCGAGAACAUUCGCAACGGACUGCGCGCGCGCGCCCUUGCUAAGUUUAAGGGAAAAUGAAAUGUAAAAAGCUAGGUGACAAAUGGUAUUUGCAACAUACUCAAAUGAAAAAUCUUACUGUUCAAUGAUGGUAACAUAAAAAUGAAAGUCAUAAUGAAGCCGCCGUGCAAGCAUUAUGACAGGCCCGAGCAUCAAAGAGCAAUCAUGCCUAACGAAAGGUGCCGUAUCAUUUAAAUCUACAGAAUGGUUAUCGUGUAAGAGUUGUCGAGGCAUGGUCUUUUCUUUAUCUGUAACUUUGCCAAUUUUGUGACGUCCUGUAACGGAUCGCAGUUGUCUUGGUCGUUGGCAUUGAGAAGGAGCCUUUUCUAAACCCUAGGUUUAAUUAUUUUGUAAAAUUUUGGACUUGGAAUAUUGUGAACUUAAUUUGUACCCAAAGUUGUCAGCCACGUUUGUGAAACUGGCUAAAUUGUACCUUUGCAACUUAAAAAGAAUUUGUAUCAAAUUUGUAUUAAUAAAUUUGCCUUCAAUUAAAA